AUGACAAUACAACGACAAUACAACGACAAUACAACAACAAUACAACGACAAUACAACGACAAGACAACGACAAGACAACGGCAAUACAACGACAACAACAACGACAACGACAAUACAACGACAAUACAACGACAAUACAACGACAAUACAACGACAACGACAACGACAAUACAACGACAACGACAACGACAAUACGACGACAAUACAACGACAAUACAACGACAAUACAAUGACAAUACAACGACAAUACAACGACAACACAACGACAACACAACGACAACACAACGACAACACAACGACAACACGACAACAAUACAACGACAACACGACAACAAUACAACGACAAUACAACAACAGUACAACGACAAUACAACGACACUACAACGGCAAUACAACGACAAUAAAACGACAAUACAACAACAAUACAACGACAAUACAACAACAAUACAACGACAAUACAACAACAAUACAACGACAAUGCAACGACAAUGA